UGUAUUUUUUCCCCAAUAGUAUUAUGAAUGGACGUCUGAUAUUUAUUUUUUUCUCUCCAACAACGAAAUUAUCCAGCACGGCCGAUAAGGUGUAGACAAAGUGUUUAAUUUGUUUUAGAAGCAACAAGUCCCAAGAUGUCUGCGAGCGCCGUUUACGUCUUGGAUUUAAAAGGAAAGGUGCUGGUGUGCCGGAACUACCGCGGCGAUGUGGACAUGUCCGAGAUCGAGCACUUCAUGAGCCUCCUGAUGGAUAAGGAGGAAGAGGGGACACUGUCUCCCAUUCUGGCCCACGGUGGAGUGCGGUUCAUGUGGAUCAAGCACAAUAACCUCUACUUGGUCGCAACAUCCAAGAAAAAUGCCAGCGUUUCCUUGGUUUUCUCCUUUUUGUACAAAAUUGUCCAGGUUUUCUCAGAGUAUUUCAAAGAACUGGAGGAAGAGAGCAUCCGAGAUAACUUCGUCAUCAUUUAUGAGCUGAUGGACGAGCUGAUGGACUUUGGUUACCCUCAGACCACCGACAGCAAGAUUCUGCAAGAAUAUAUAACUCAGGAGGGCCACAAGCUCGACACAGGCGCCCCCCGCCCUCCCGCCACAGUCACCAACGCCGUCUCGUGGCGAUCAGAGGGCAUCAAGUACAGGAAAAACGAAGUCUUCCUGGACGUCAUUGAGUCGGUCAACCUGCUAGUCAGUGCCAACGGCAACGUUCUACGCAGCGAGAUUGUCGGCUCUAUCAAGAUGCGCGUAUUCCUGUCAGGAAUGCCCGAGUUGCGACUGGGCCUCAACGACAAGGUUCUGUUUGAAAAUACUGGACGAGGGAAGAGUAAAUCAGUGGAGCUGGAGGAUGUCAAAUUCCAUCAGUGUGUCCGUCUGUCUCGCUUUGAGAACGACCGCACCAUCUCCUUCAUCCCGCCCGACGGAGAGUUUGAGCUUAUGUCUUACCGCCUCAACACUCACGUAAAGCCGCUGAUCUGGAUUGAAUCUGUCAUUGAGAAGCAUUCUCAUAGUCGCAUCGAGUACAUGAUCAAGGCCAAAAGUCAGUUCAAGCGGCGCUCCACCGCCAACAACGUGGAGAUCCACAUUCCAGUGCCAACAGACGCCGACUCUCCCAAGUUUAAGACCACGGUUGGCAGCGUCAAGUGGGUGCCUGAGAACAGCGAAAUCGUCUGGUCCAUAAAGUCCUUUCCCGGCGGCAAGGAGUAUUUGAUGCGAGCCCACUUUGGCCUUCCAAGUGUGGAAGCUGAAGAUAAGGAGGGGAAGCCCCCGAUCAGUGUCAAGUUCGAGAUCCCCUAUUUCACCACCUCUGGCAUCCAGGUGCGCUACCUGAAGAUCAUCGAGAAGAGCGGCUACCAGGCCCUGCCGUGGGUGCGCUACAUCACUCAGAAUGGAGAUUACCAGCUCCGCACCCAGUAGGCGACGCCUCAACCGGGGAGGGGCAGAGUCAGACCGCUGGCAUGUGUCCAUGAAGAGACCACAGGACUGUCAAGUCUUUUUUGUUCAUUUUUCCAGUCAUUGCAAAACAUUAGAUGAAGAGUUCGGUGAGGGACGUUAUGGAGGAAAGAGUCUUUCGGAGGAAAGCGUCCGUGUCAAACAGGAGUCAUGUUUACAUGCAGCGUCAUCAGUAGGUCAGAAAAGUGAUACAAUUCACUCUUUUUGCUGUCAUCACCUCACACACACGCCCUCACCUCUUUGAUUUUCUGUAUAUAUUUGAUACAUAUCGAUGAGGUCAGUGUUAUUCGUUACACGUAUGAAAGCCAAUCAUUGUUUCUCUCUGUGGUGCAACGCCAUCAGACGUGCAUACAAUAUAAAUGAUCACAUUUAGGUUGCAUGGUAAUGAUCCCUAACAUAUAUACCUCUCUUUAUUCCAUGUGUAACCACAUCCUGUAAUCAUUAAAUGUAUAUUUAGAGAAAACA